AUGCAGGUUCCAGCUGAAAACGUGAAGCUGUGCGACAAGGAGAAGAAUAAGAGAGCGAGAUUCGCAGAGAAGGUCGAGGAGUCGGUUACCAUCGAGAGAGAGGAGGCCGAGGACGUUGAUGACGAUGGAGAGUCAGAGGAGGAGGAUGUUCCUUACUCGUGCUGGGCGAACGAGGUGACGAAGAUCAAAAUGAUCGUUGGAGACGACGAGGGGUCGGCGAUCGAGUUCAAUCCUUUGUUCACGCAUCAGGUCUUCUUCAAUGAGCAGCCAGGAGCAGAAGAGAGAAUACACGAGGAGCUCAUUAUCGGAUACCACGAGCCCAAGGUCGUGGUUAAUUAUGCUGCUAACACACUGUCUUCGUCUGUUGACUUCAAACAUGAUGGGCCUGUUGAUAUGAAACAAUUGCGGCAGUUUGGCUUGAACAGGACAAACGUUCUUGACUCUGUCGAGUCAAGAAUGCCUCAUGACUUGAAAGACAACAACAUUGACAAGGUUGAAAAGGAUGCAAAAGCAGAGUUUACUCCCUACGGGAGUGAAAUCUUCAACGAGAAGCUGAGUGAUACAGAGGAGGUUUCGAUUUUGCAUUUCAUCGCAGACAAAGACGAAGUGGUUCCGUAUGUGAAGGGAUUGCAGAGCUUGGCAAUGUGGUGUAUUGAGACGGCAGGAUGUAUUGAAGUACCCGAUGAACGAUGGAAUAUCUUCACCCUGUACAAGAAAGUUACAAAGAAUGGAAGUACGAAAUUCAUACUCAUCGGAUUUCUUACAGCGUACAAGUAUUGGGUUUACGACAGAGAAACACAAAAACUCGACAAGUAUCGGAUGCGAAUCAGCCAGGUCGUUGUCCUCCCUCCCUUUCAUAGACAAGGAUACGGGUCAAAGCUGCUGAAUGCAUUCUACUCGUUUGCAAGGAAUGAUGACAGCAUUCUUGAUGUAAGCGUUGAAGACCCUUCGGAAGACUUCCAGGCUCUCCGAGAUGUAACUGACGCAAAGACGCUCAAGGAGGCAGACUGUCUGCACAAACUCGCGCUUCCGAACCCUCCGAUCCAUGAGAUGGUUCGAAGGUUCAAGAUUUGCAAACAGCAGAUGAAACGACUGGCAACGAUAGCCAAGUUUGUUGAGAUUAAGGAGUGCGAUCCUUUGACCGACCCAGAAAAGAAGGACACUGAUUCCCUCAAGCUAAGGCUCAAGGUCAAGUCAAGUCUCUACAAACAGUGCAAGUGCCUAGCCAAAGGCAAGAUCUUCAUCAUCGAACCCGAGGAAGAGGAAGAGGACGAGGACGAGCUUCACAGAAUGAAGGCGCAGACCAAGUUUUGUCAGAUUGUUGAAAGCAUCAGUAAGUCUGAUGUGCAAGAAGCUUUGGAACUCAGCUCUCACAAGAUUUGGAGCAACGGAGGUGAUCCUUACCAGAGAAAGAAACAACUCAAGCAGAUGUUUGCCUCAUUGUUCAAGCAGCAUGCCACAGUAGCUAGGAAGAUCUUGAGCUGCUGA